GCGCCGAACACGUCCCCGUCCAGAUCCAUCCAUCCUUCCCAAAUCCCAACUCCGUCCUCCCUCCCCCCCCACGCCCUACCCCACGACUCCACCUCUCUUCCACUCACCUCUCUCGUCGUUGCUGCCGCCCGCCGCCCUCCUCGCCCCGCCGGACUGGCGCGCGGCGGAGACCCUCCCGGUGCCUGGAUUGACUUCUCCCGUCGCUGCUAGGCGUGUUCUCGACUGCUAGCUGCAGCAAUGGACGAUGGGGACCUUGAUUUCUCGAACCCUGACACCUUCCUUUGCCCGGCCAUCGGCAACGAUCCCCCAAGCAGCUGCUCCAUGGACAGCUACUUUGAUGACAUCCUGAAGGAUACCGAGCACCAUGCCUGCACCCACACCCACACCUGCAACCCGCCGGUCCACGACCAUUCGCACACCCACACCUGCGUCCAUGUCCACACCAAGAUCGUUGCGGCUUCGCCCGACGCCGCCGAGACCGCGGAGUCGCCGUCCGAGAACAACGCCUCCAAGAAGCGCCCGUCCGGUAACCGGGCCGCGGUGAGGAAGUACCGGGAAAAGAAGAAGGCUCACACGGCGUCGUUGGAGGAAGAGGUGGUCCAUUUGAGGGCUUUGAACCAGCAGCUCAUGAAGAAGCUCCAGAAUCACGCCGCGCUUGAGGCGGAGGUAGCCAGGCUUCGCUGCCUUCUCGUUGAUAUCAGAGGGAGGAUUGAAGGGGAGAUUGGUGCUUUCCCUUAUCAGAGGCCAGUCAAGAACAUCGAUUUGGUGUCUAGUGUUGACCAGGGAAGCUUCCUUGGUGGUGCCCAGAUUACCAACUCCUGUGAUUUCAGAUGCAAUGAUCAGAUGUAUUGCAAUCCUGGAAUGCAGGGGGCUAUGAAUGCUCAAGUAUUGGGUCAAGGUGCCUGCGAUAUUGCGAAUAUCCAAUGCAUGGGAAGUCCGAAGUCUGGAUCCACAAAGCUACCUGUCUGUGGGGGUAUGGACGCAGUACCUGCUGGGUGUUUGCCAAAUGUUGAAAAGAAGUGAAGGACUCCUGGGUCAUGGUGGUAUGGUCUCUCCUUUUGAGAGACUACUGGGUCUUGGCGUUCUGCAUCCAAGAAACGCUGUAUAAACACUCCUGGUGGUGUUUAUGACCUCGCCUUUCCAGAGACUACUGGGUCUUGGCGUUCUGCAUCAAGACAUCUGUAUAAACUGCUAGCUUCUAUAUUUAGGACCGCAUCUGGUUCAAACUGUUAUGUGUGUGAGUUUGUCGCCGAUGAUGCUUCCAUGGUGCCUGAGGCGAUUCAAGUUCGUUAGCUCAAAAGCUGACAGGACAUCAUCGUUUAUUUUGCUAGUAUCAGAUGCUCUCUGAUGAAGUUCAGAACUGAACUGGAUCUGAAGGAGUUGAACUAGCUAAAAUCCGCCAUCUGUGCUUGACCUCAAGUUUGGUGUGAAUCCUUAUCUUAUGUAGAUGCAUCGUGCGCGAAAUCUAAAGUGUAGUGUAGUGUAGUGUAGGUGUCACGUCUCUUUGUUGCUAUGUCCGUAAUUCAAAGUACAUGGAUUCGAUUAUUAUUUAAAUGUUUUACUAUUUCAUUCGUUAGUAAAUGGCAGAUCGGCCAAUUUAGUCUUUCAA